AACCGGAGUUGUCUUCUCGUCAUGCAAUAUCUCUCUGUCAAUCUUGCGGACUAAGAAACCCUUAGUUUGUUAAGCUUUGGAGACAAUGGAGAUGAUUCAGUCCAAGCUGAUUGUUCCUCUGUUGAUGUUGAUAUCGUUUUGUUUGAUGAUUGUUUUGGCUCGAGCCACGGAUGUGAAAUACUGCGAUAAGAAUACUGAGUAUAAAGUUAGGGUGACGGGAGUAGAGAUUUCUCCAGAUCCUGUGGAGAGAGGCGAACGAGCUUCUUUCAGCAUAUCUGCUUCUACAGAUGAAGCAAUCUCUGGAGGUAAAUUAGUGAUCGAAGUUUCAUACUUUGGGUGGCACAUCCACAGUGAGACUCACAACCUUUGUGAAGAGACAGCUUGUCCUGUUUCAACUGGGGAUUUUGUUGUUGCUCACUCACAAAUAUUACCAGGAUUCACCCCACCUGGUUCAUACUCUCUCAAGAUGAAGAUGUAUGACAGAAACAAAAGUGAGCUUACUUGCAUUGCCUUUGAUUUCGCAAUCGGAUUUGCAUCAUCUGUGGCUGCUAGUUAAGUGCUAUGAAAGAAGUUAUCGGCUAUUGGUAAAUGCUUUGUGUACAAAGAAUCAUCCACAGUUCACACCUGGCAUACACUUUCAGCAUUGGUGGAAUAUCUGUUGUCCAUCUUCUUAUUAUUCCAGUAACAUGUUCCUUGAUAUAUCUUAAACCUACCUCAGUUCAUAACUCUCAUGAAUAUCUGUAAAUGUCUAUUCUCUUGUCUAUGAUAUUCCAGAACUACAAGAUUGCAGUUAGUCCUGUCAUUUCAACUUGUAAGAAGCCCUUCUUGUUUAAAAAAUUAGAGCAAUAUUUCCUUUUCGUCUU